AUGGCUGAUUCCUUUUAUUUGUUUGGUUACAGAGACUUUUCGUUUGAUACAAUGACAGGUGUGGUAAAGCCGAUAACGAUAGAGAAAGAGUUUGAGAAGAAUCCUGACAUAUCACCAGAUGAUAUAAAGAAGCUAAGAGAAUGGUUAAAGACGCAACCUCACCUUCCAGGGGAACACUUGACAGAUGUAGACCUAUUGGUAGUGUAUCACUGUUGCGACAAGAGCCAGGAGGUGUCCAAACAAGUACUGGACUUGCACUUCACACUCAGGACGAUGUUCACCCAAUUUUUCAAAGACAGAUGUUUUGACAAAAAAGCUGAGUUUACUCUUAAUACAGUUUUAUGUGCUCCACUUCCAACACCGACGUUGCAAGGACACAGAGCCGCAUACUUCCGUCUCUUAGAUCCCGAUCCACGAAACUUCAACCUCACGGAGGUAGCAAGAGCAGCCAUGAUGGUUCUUGACCUGUGGCAGUACGAGGAGGGGACCUUCACUGGAUUUGUAAUCAUCAUAGACAUGGACCAAUCAGUGUUGAGCCACGUCACCAGAUUAGACCUUAUGAUUGUGAAAAAAGUUCUUUACUUUUUACAGGAGUGCAUGUUCACAAAAAUUGCUGGUAUUCAUUUCAUGAAUGCCCCAAACUUCGUGGAAAAAUUGAUGAUGCUGCUGAAACCAUUUCUGACAAAAAAACUGAUAGACAUGAUCCAUAUUCAUCAAACGGGAUCAACCACACUCUACAACACGAUACCCAAGGAUGCCCUUCCGAAAGAAGAAGGUGGAAAAUAUAAAGACCACGUAACUUUAAGAGACGAGGUCAUUCAGCGCCUCCAGGCCAAUUCAGCCUUCAUUAAGACAGACAACAAGCGUCGUGUCAACGAGUCUCUUCGGCCAGGACCUUGUCCUGUGGCGGAAGAGUUUGGGAUGCAGGGGAGCUUCAAGACGUUGGAUAUUGAUUAA